AUGAGACCAUCGACCAUCUUUGUGCCCCUCUUGGGCCUGUACGACUUGGUAUUGGCAUUUGACCUUGCUGAAGUCGAGAGCGAUGUGUGGUGCGUCACGUAUCUCUCGACCUACCUUAUGCCUAUUUCCAAUUCAAUUGCGAUCAGUACAGACAUCAACAGCGCAUCUACAGCAAUCUCAUCUACUACUUCAAACUCCUCUACCUCUGAGCCUUCGAGAGUAGAGACAAAGACAACUGAAGCUCAUUCCAUCUCUAAACAAAUCUCCAUCCGCUCUUCAACCCUGGCCACUACCGACCAGCUGAACAGCUCUCAAAUACAAACACUCUCUUCCACUACUCUGAGCACGACAGAUCUAUUAACUAGCUCUAUAACACCGACAAGCUCAACCACUGCCAGCUCAGAUUUUACUGCAACAUCAACCCCCCAACCCAGCGGCCGCUCAAUCAUUCUUCAAAUUCAACCGCCCACCACCAACCGCAGACGCAACAUCAAGGGAGCACCAGUUGGUGGUUUUGUUGGAGGCUCUAAAGUCUGUACGUUUGCGUUAGACUUCACCCUUAGUGUGGAAGGGCAGCUGCUUGCAGGAGGCGUGCCUGUCUUUUACGCCGGUGAAGAUUUUAAACCACUGUCUGAGCAGAAACCUAUCGGCAACAGUGGCAAUAUCAUCACCAAGACUUUCACAGAGUCUAACGGGGUACUCGUUUUCAAGAACUCUAGUCUCCCCACCGGUGAGGCAGGCUUCUGCCAGACCUCUAACGGUAUAGUUUACAUAACCUUUUCCAGCCAGCCAUCUGGCUGUGUUCCAGUUGCGCUUCGUAUUUAUGAAGUACAGCAAUGUCAAAAUGGUCGAAUAAUUGAUCGUUCAACUACAAGCUCCUCUGCUACAAGUACAUCCGAGGCAGCUUCGUCUGGAGCAACUCCAUCAACUACUACGAUCCAAAGUGAAACAACGGCCCCAUCUUCGGAGUCGACAGAAUCUAGAGAGUCGGCUACCAGCACAGUGAUUAGUUCGACUUCAUCCUCCUCGACCAAUACUACCCCACUAUCAGCUACUGUAUCUAGUGACUUGAGCUCAGAGGGAAGCCCGUUAACUACACUUGAAUCGACGUCUGAAAUAACUUCACUGGUGACAGACACAACCAUCCUCACAAGCACAGAGAACGCUACCUCAGACGACAUAAGCAGCAUCCAAUCUUCCACAGAAAGCCCUACCUCCAGUGCUACUACAACCGACAGCUCAAGUACUGGUGACACUGCAGCCAUCAGUACUAUGAGCUCCAAGUUGAGCUCAAUUUCCACUAGCUCAACGACAACAAGCUCAGCUUCUGACUUAGCCUCAACCUCAACUACAAGUUCAAUUCCAGCAAGCUCAACUUCUAGCUUAACUUCCAGCUUGACUACAAGCUCGACUACAAGCACAACAACAGACUCCACUUCUGAGUUAACUACCAGUUCGACUUCUGACUCGACUUCAAGCUCGACUGACAUGACUACAAGUUCCGCGUCUAGUUCAGACUUUACUACGACUUCGACUUCUAGUUCAGACCUGACUACAAGCUCAGCUUCUACUGCAGACUUGACCUCUACAGAUUCAACGAGCUCAAAAACUUCGUCAGAAACUUCAACAACCACCUCAGCUGCCCCAUCAUUGGUACAAGACGGCGGCUUUGAAGAUAACCCAAACACAGCAUGGACUUUGUCAGGCAGCGCCGCUAUUGUCAACAAUCCUGGUAUGGCUCUCUCAGGCAACCAGUAUCUUCAAUUGUCCGUGGUCAACGGGCUUCCCUCGGCAUCAGCCUCCCAGACUGGCCUCGUCUCGUCACCCAACUCCAUGAGUCUCUCCUACGUGGUUAUGGACAGCCCUACACCCUCUGGCGUUUCCCAGUGUAGUUUCAGGGUAAUGACAGCCGGCAACCUCGUGGCCGCUUUCGACGUGAAUACGACUCCGGACGUUUGGCAGUCAGAGAGUUUCGGUGUCUGGGGCAGCGGUUCCUCCUGGACGAUCGAGCUGUAUUUAUAUUGUUCCCAAGGGCCAGCUACUUUUGCUAUUGGUGUUGAUAAUGUAAGCAUUCAGUAG